AUGGGGAAGGCUGCAAAGACUUUAUUCAGACGAAUUCGCCCAAAGGAAGGCGCGACUUACGAUGCCGCUGGGUACCAGUAUGACUUCAUACAAAACAACCGACAAAACAACAGAAACGCACGCAGAAUAACAGAAAGGAAAAGCGACGGUCAAACAGCGGUGUGGGGCAGCGCAAACUGGAGUGUCCCCGACUUGUUCUUCCUUUUGCUGAAUCCGUGGCUGACAGUGGCGGGCGGCAAGGUUCUCCGCGUCUUGUUGUGGCAGGCGCGGGAUCGCUGGGUCCCUCCUGCCUCCCCCCUCCACGCAACAUGUCUUGCCCGCACGCUUUUCCCCAUUGUUGACAUCCUGCCGAAGAAUACACACUAA